GCCAGUUUCAUAGAUUUGGAACAAACUCUUACUGAGACUUUCUGAAACUCAAAAAUGCCUGUGAGAAGAGCUCUGCACAUGGACAAUGCCAGUCAUCAUCCAGCUUCCAAAAUACCAGUACCUGCAAGAAACCACUCAACUUUGACUGGGGCUUCAAGUUCUCAAGCAGGCAAGACCAAAAUCACUGCACAUCAAGAAGAUGUCCAGGAGACAGAGCUGGAAAAAUUGGACUCUUUGCGAUCUAAAGUGGAACAAUCAGCAGAUGCAUUCAUCAAGGCCAGGAAAGAGCUGGAGGAAAUAUACUCAGCAGAGGGCAGCAGUGAACAAGGAGGUUUCCUCACUGGAUCUUCUGCUGACCUGAGGACUGAGCUUAAGAGACACAGAGAGCUGACUUCCAGAGUAGCUUCAUCUUUGAAAGGGAAUAAAGACCCCAACAGUCACAGUCAAGGUCCUUUGAAGAUGAGCAGCUCCUACGAGUUUCUCAAGUCCAUUAUGGGCUGAGGUUUUUGUUGGCGAGGCAUCUCAGCUGUUGACAGCUAAUGGAAUUGCUCUUCACUUCUUGUGCGUACGAUCCCAAGGAGAUAAGGCAGGAGAUGAAUGUAGAAUCUGUGCUGUCAGUUGUGAGGCUGAGAUGUCUUGGAAGCCGUCAUUCAUUUGCAGGAGAAGUGUCUGAAACGGUAGGAGCGAAUCCUCUGACGUGUUAGACCCCAUCUACCUUCCGGAGCCUCUGCCUGGCAGCUGACAAAUGUUGAUUCUACAUUAACCACAAUGCUGCAACGCUGUGCAAAUAAUGUUCUUUCAGAUGGCAACCCUCAUCCCCUUUAUGGUUAAAACUAUGCAAUCCUCCCCACCUGUGCAGUUUAACACCUUUGAAAAGUAAAGGUGGGGGUGCAAACUGUCUUACACAACACAGUAGUCUCUUUAUUUGGCAGCGCCUGGGAAGGCCGAGGCCUCUCACUGCCCGAGUCGACCUAAGCAACAGCUGGUGUUCACAGCAACAUUUCCUAUUUCUGCCUAAGGUGGAUCGUGUAACUCUCACUUUAUCACCUUUAGAGGCCACGUGAAGGACAAAGCCAGUACGCCCAUAAACAAAACUAAUGUUUUGAUACAAGCCCCUUAGGAGGUUGAUAGAAGGAUCCAUGGUGUUUUUAAUACCCCCUUCCCCCAUCUAUUAAAACACAUCCACAUCUUACCUAUACUGUAAUUAUUGUGAUUUUUUUUUUUAAUUUCACUUUUUGUAAACAGCAGGAAAAUCAGUAGAAGUAAAAAAAAAAGUACUCCAUCAGUAUAUGAUACUUUGAAUGUCACAAAAUAAGGUGGCAUUUAUAUGAGUUUUCAUUUGCAAACCUAAUCUUUCUCAAAUCAGUUUGAACAGAGCAGUGUAAACACAGCCAGACAAAGCAGUUUGAUGCUUCAUUGAGUGUUAUAUUUUGUGGCUUUAUUAUUGUUUAUGACUGGGAAUAUUAUGUCAUACAGCAGCAUGCUCCCCUUAUGUUCCUCAAAUGUUUAUAUUGAUUAGCAAUUAGUCUUUUGAUUAUUUUCUCAAAUUAAUCAAUUACUUGUUUAGUGUCUAAAAUGAAGAGCCCAAAUUGAUGUCUUUAAAUUGCUUGCUUAAUGGUUAAACAUCCAAAGAUAUUCUCAUUUAAAUUAAAAUAAUAUAAGACAGAGAAACGUGAAGGCAGCAAAUCCUCACACAUGAGAAGCUAGAACACACGCCUUGUGGGCAUUUAUUUUUGGUUGAUAAAUAACAAAUCAAAACUGUUGUCAAUGAAUGGGCCGAAACUUUCUGAUGGAACCACGGGUUCCACCAGCGACUGUUCUGCCGCUUUCAAUCGUGUCACAGCAGAUGAAGCUGCCCAUAUAAAUGUCAUAUACUUAAAUGUCAUUUUCUUUUAACAGAUUAUUCAGCUGAUUUUUUUAGCUCCAUUUAAUAUUAACAAAAUAGACCAAAGAUUAUGAUUUUGUAUGUUACUUUUUUAUGUUUCACUUCAGCUGUAUUUGUUGUUUACCUGUUUUAUGACUUGCUUCCAUUUCAGAAGUGAGAGGUGAUAAAUUCUCAUUGCCCCUCGCAUCUUUAAAUGAAUUGGCAUUAUGUUAUAUAAACACGUGUAAUAAAAGAGCAAACCAAUGCCUUUCACGCCACCUCUAAUUGGCCCCUCGAGUUCAUGUCCCAUUGUAGUACCAGCUAACUCAGAUCUUGGGCUUCUAUUUGCCCCUAUGGCCCAUUAGUUGCUACCGGCCCGGAGCCUCAGAUGCACAGGCAACCCUCACUGACCUGAUAACAUUUAUAGUUGUAAUGGAUUUUUUUAUGCCUGUCAUUAACUCGCUCAGAGAUUGGAGAAAGAAAUUGCUUGUACCUUUUUCUGUGGUAUUUCAACUUUAUAGCAUUAUGUUCAGAUAUGUCACCUUCCAUCAUCUCUUUUUAAGGCCUCUCCUGUCACUGGUUUUGUUUUAGAUGUACAGGUCUUUUCUACAGGACCCUUGUAGUAUCCAGGACUUGUAAUUAAUAUUUAAUGAUGUUGAGUAAAGGCUUUGAAAGAUAUAAUUUCGGUCCAAUUAUUGGCUCUGUCUCUGCCAGACU